CUCAACUCCCAAGAAAGAAGAAGAUUCAAAAGAAGCUUGCAUUUCUUGUCCUUCAAGAACUUGGCCAACGCCGAAUCAGUACGCUAAUAAUUCAACAGUCAAUUAAUGGAGUUUUAUGCUGAGGAAGGAAAUAAUUUGAGCUCGGAUAAUUCCACGUUGAUUCUGCCGGCACUGUCCAUAGGGAAUGUAGGACAAUUAGCGGUGGAUCUUCUAGUAGCUUCUUUGAAAGCGGAGAGAAUUGGAUACUUUGACGAUUCAAAUGUCCUACCAUGCGUUGGGAAUGAUGCUUAUUGGCCUUCUCCACCUGGUGAACUCGCUCUUCCUCUCGAAGUAUAUGAAUCAUCUCCUGAUGCAUUGACUCUCGUACAACAGAGGUCUCCGGUUGUUAAGGGCAUGAUGGUUGAAUUUGCUAGGAACUUGGCAAAUUUUGCUGCUGCCAACGGGAAGAAGCAUGUUAUUUUGCUCUCUAGCUUGGAGUUUGGGCGUUGGCAGAGCAUUGAUAUGUCAAGUGGAUCGCAGAUUCAUUAUCUUUCUAGUUCCAACUCAGAUGGAACAGACGAUCAGUGUGAAAAACAGGGCUGGAAGAGAUUACCCGAGUAUAAUCCUACACAGAGAAUGUGGAAGCAUUUAGACGAUUUAGCCAAAAAUACUGCCUCGGAGGUUGAGGAAUUGCCUUUUGAAGAGCUGGGAGAUGAGGAUUACUAUGCUAGUUUGCCUUAUGCUGCGUUGUUCUCUUGUUUUAAGGCCAAAGGUCUGAAAGUUACUUGUCUGCUGUGUUAUUGCUCGGAGGGAGACAACAUUCCUGAUGCUUUCCAUUUGGCUGAUGCAGUAUCAAAAGCUCUGGGGCUAAGACCUAACAGCUCUCAAGGGCUGGAGGGAAUAUUCAUGCAUUUUGAGCUAAACUAAAAAUAUGGCAAUCCAACACCGAUAAAUUGAAUCAUGAAGGUCAAUAUAGAAGAGUACUGUGUUUGUAACUUUUACAAGAUUGAUUCAAAACUUGUAGAUGUUAGAGCUAUUUAUUAGGCCAAAGAAGGAUCACAAAUGCAUAUUUGACUGAAACGCUUAAAUAACAAAAAAAAGAGAAAAAGAAUAGAUUUUUUCAUGCAGGUCUAUGUGGUGCUGGUUAAAGUUUUUGCGGCGUCAACCCACCCCCUGUCCUGUUUACCAUCCGUAUCUAAACUAUGUUGUAUCCUAAUUUUCUG